AAGGGGAGGAGGCCGGUGCUCCGCCUCGCAGUGACUCGUCGCCGGUGGUUCCGCGCAGCCUUCCCGCCCCAUCCUUCCGACUGCCGCUGCCGCUCUCGCUCCAGCCGGAAUGGCGCUGAGCCUGACGGUGAACCCGGGAGACCUCCCUCUCGGAGCCUUGCUGACUGCAGAACAUGUGAAGAAUCAUGUUAAAAUUUCAGUUGAAGAAGGCAAAGAGACCAUCCUACGGGUAUCUGACCAAGUUGCAUUCACGGAUGUGAAUUCCAUAGCUCGCUAUCUGGCCAGAAUUGCCACAUCUUCUGGAUUAUAUGGAUCUAAUUUGCUGGAGCACACUGAGAUUGACCAUUGGAUGGAGUUCAGCACCACAAAGCUGUCAGAUCCUACCAAGUUUGCUCUAGCACUUCAAGAGCUCAAUAACUCCCUUUCUCUGAGAACCUACUUGGUUGGAAACACUUUGAGCCUUGCAGAUUUCAGUGUCUGGGCAGCACUAAAAGGCAACAAUACCUGGCAAGAACAGUUACUUCAGAGUAAUUGUCCAGUUCAUGUGAAACGCUGGUACAAUUUUCUUGAAGCCCAAUGUGUUUUUCAGUCAGUAGGUUCCAGGUGGACUGUGGGAGGCCCUGUUCCAAAGGCUAAAGUGACUGAAGAAAAGAAGCAAGAUGUUGGAAAAUUUGUUGAGCUCCCUGGUGCGGAGAUGGGAAAGGUCAUUGUUAGAUUUCCUCCUGAAGCAAGUGGAUACUUGCAUAUUGGUCAUGCAAAAGCUGCUCUAUUGAAUCAGCACUAUCAGGUCAACUUCAAGGGUAAACUGAUCAUGAGGUUUGAUGAUACAAAUCCUGAAAAAGAAAAAGAAGACUUUGAAAAGGUUAUUUUGGAAGAUGUUGCAAUGCUGCACAUUAAACCAGACCAAUUGACAUACACUUCUGAUCAUUUUGAAACCAUAAUGAGAUAUGCUGAGAAGCUCAUUCAGGAAGGGAAGGCUUACGUAGAUGACACGCCAGCGGAACAAAUGAAAAUGGAACGAGAGCAGAGAAUAGAGUCCAAGCACAGAAACAACUCUGUUGAGAAGAACAUGCAGAUGUGGGAAGAAAUGAAAAAGGGAACAGAAUAUGGGCAGACGUGCUGUCUACGAGCAAAGAUUGACAUGAGUAGCAAUAAUGGAUGUAUGAGGGAUCCAACCCUUUAUCGUUGCAAAAACCAACCACAUCCACGUACUGGAAAUAAGUACAAUUUACAGGGCUCCUCUCGAUCAGUUGUAAACAUGGAGUGGGAUAAAAUUUGGUCAUUUAACAAAAAGGUCAUAGAUCCAGUGGCACCCCGGUAUACUGCUUUGCUAAAGAAUGAUGCAGUCACAGUGAAUAUUCCUGAAGCUCAAGAAGAGAUGAAAGAAGUAGCAAAACAUCCAAAGAAUGCUGAAGUUGGCCUGAAGCCCAUAUGGUACAGUCCCAAGGUGCUUAUUGAAGGAGCAGAUGCAGAGACAUUGACAGAAGGCGAGACGGUUACCUUUAUUAAUUGGGGCAACAUAAUCAUCACCAAAAUACACAAGAAUUCCACUGGGAAAAUCACAUCUCUUGAUGGAAAGCUGAAUUUGGAAAAUAAGGACUACAAAAAAACUGCUAAGAUAACCUGGCUGGCAGAAAGUCCUCGUGCUCCUCUCACUCCAACUGUCUGUGUCAGUUAUGAGCAUUUGAUCACAAAACCUGUCCUAGGCAAGGAGGAAGACUUCAAGCAGUAUGUCAAUAGAAAUAGCAAGCAAGAGGAACUGAUGCUUGGUGACCCUUGCCUUAAAGAUAUGAAAAAGGGAGACAUCAUACAGCUUCAGAGAAGAGGCUUUUAUAUUUGUGACCAGCCAUAUGAGCCCAUUAGCCCAUACAGCUGCAAAGAAGCUCCAUGCAUUUUGAUUUAUAUCCCUGAUGGGCAUACAAAAGAAAUGCCAACAUCUGGAUCUAAGGAGAAGGCCAAGGCAGAAACAGCAAAGAAAGAGGCUAGUACCACCCUGAAAGGACACUCUGCUCCAGUUGGGGGUGAUGUUUUUCAUGCUACAGCUCCUGUUUCAGCUGAAGACCACUUAGCUCUUUUCAACAGAGUGUCUGCUCAAGGUGAUGCAGUUCGUGACUUGAAAUCAAAGAAAGCAGCAAAGGAGGACAUUGAUGCUGCUGUGAAACUCCUGUUGGCCUUGAAAGCAGAAUACAAGGAGAAGACUGGACAAGACUACAAGCCUGGAAAUCCUCCAGUUGCAGUACCUGCGGUCCAGCCUUCCAAGUGUGCGGCUACUAGCGUGGUUACUGCUGAUGAUAGCAAAGUUCUUUAUGAUAAAGUAGCUGAGCAAGGGGAAGUGGUCCGAAAAUUGAAAACAGAAAAAGCACCCAAGGACAAAGUGGAUGAAGCUGUAAAAGUCCUCCUUUCUCUGAAAGCAGAGUACAAAGAAAAGACUGGUCAGGACUAUAAGCCAGGACAACCACCAUCACCUCAGACAAAUGCCUUAAGCCAACCCACAAGCACAGAAAUCAGUGGUUCUAACUCCCCAGAAGCAAAAGCCCUCUUUAACAAGGUUGCUGCCCAAGGAGAGGAGGUUCGGAAAUUAAAAUCACAGAAGGCAGAAAAGGAUAAGAUUGAUGCUGCAGUGAAAGAGCUGCUUCAGUUGAAGGCAGAGUACAAGUUGUUGACAGGAAUAGACUAUAAGCCAGUCUCUGCAACCGGUUUAGAGGAGAAAGACAAAAAAAAGAAGGAGAAAGAGAAUAAAUCUGAAAAGCAAAAUAAACAACAGAAAGAAGGUCAGAAGAAAGAAACACUUAAAGAUCCAUGUGGUGAGAGCAACCUGUCUUCAAAUGGUCCAGGAGAUGGUCAGGGUCCUAAGAAACAAACCAGGUUGGGUCUAGAGGCAAAGAAGGAAGAGAAUCUAGCUGAAUGGUAUUCUCAGGUGAUCACAAAGUCAGAGAUGAUUGAAUACUAUGAUGUGAGCGGGUGCUACAUUCUCCGUCCGUGGGCUUUUUCUGUCUGGGAAGCCAUCAAGGACUUCUUUGAUAGUGAAAUCAAGAAACUUGGUGUGGAAAACUGCUACUUUCCUAUGUUCGUGUCUCAGGCUGCUUUAGAAAAGGAGAAGACGCACAUUGCUGAUUUUGCUCCAGAGGUUGCAUGGGUUACAAGGUCUGGAAAAACAGAGCUAGCUGAACCAAUAGCUGUGCGUCCUACUAGUGAGACAGUAAUGUAUCCUGCCUAUGCAAAAUGGAUUCAGUCACACAGGGAUCUGCCAAUCAAACUCAAUCAGUGGUGUAAUGUUGUGCGUUGGGAAUUCAAACAUCCACAGCCUUUCUUGCGUACUCGCGAAUUCUUGUGGCAGGAGGGACACACAGCAUUCUCAACUUAUGAAGAAGCAGCAGAAGAGGUAUUACAGAUUCUUGAUCUGUAUGCUCGAGUGUAUGAAGAACUGCUUGCAAUUCCAAUUGUGAAAGGAAGAAAGACAGAAAAAGAGAAAUUUGCAGGAGGAGAUUAUACAACCACUGUUGAAGCAUUUAUUUCUGCAAGUGGGCGAGCUAUCCAGGGAGCAACAUCACAUCACUUGGGACAGAAUUUUUCAAAGAUGUUUGAGAUAGUCUUUGAAGAUCCCAGAAUACCAGGGGAGAAGCAAUUUGCUUACCAGAACUCUUGGGGAAUCACUACUCGAACCAUUGGUGUAAUGACCAUGAUUCAUGGAGAUAAUAUGGGUUUGGUACUGCCACCCAGGGUAGCUGGUGUUCAGGUUGUCGUUAUUCCAUGUGGCAUCACUAAUUCACUUUCGGAAGAAGACAGAGAGGCCCUGAUGACAAAGUGUAAUGAAUAUUGUAAGCGACUACUCACUGCUAACCUCCGUGUGAGAGCGGACUUGAGAGAUAACUAUUCACCAGGCUGGAAAUUCAAUCACUGGGAACUUAAGGGCGUUCCAGUUAGGCUUGAAGUGGGGCCACGAGAUAUGAAGAAUCAUCAGUUUGUAGCUGUUAGAAGAGACACAGGAGAGAAGUCUACAUUUGCUGAAAGUGAAGCAGUGGACCAGCUUAGACGUGUUCUGGAGGAUAUCCACACAAACCUUUACAACAGAGCUGCUGAAGACCUUAAGAGUCAUAUGGUGGUGGCAAAUACUAUGGAGCAGUUUCAGAAUGAGCUGGAUUCAGGAAAGAUAGUACAGAUUCCUUUCUGUGGAGAAAUAGAGUGUGAAGACUGGAUCAAAAAAACCACUGCCAGAGAUCAAGAUCUUGAGCCAGGCGCCCCAUCUAUGGGAGCAAAAAGUCUCUGCAUCCCCUUUAAACCUCUGUGUGAGCUGCAGAAUGGAGCAAAAUGUGUCUGUGGCAAGAACCCUGCCAAGUUCUACACCCUCUUUGGCCGUAGUUACUAAGCUGCUAGCUAGAAACAUCAUUUCCUUAUCUUUUAAGUCCUCAAUUUUUUAAAAUAAGGACUGAAAUCUUCCCAAAUCCUCUCCAGGUUUUUGUUACUUUUUAAAACAGCAACAAAUGAAGCCAUACAGAGUCAUAGCCCUUCAGUCAGACUAGCAGUAAUGCUCAGACUUUUCUGUAUACAUCAUCUCUAAUAAUAAAUAUGUAUUGUCAGCUA